AUGAGUGGAUUCCGCGCCCACCUUUCCACGCAUAACAGAAUGCUUCAGCGCUCGCGAGACGUUUUCAACCCCGCUUACAAAAUGGGCACGAAGGCCAUUCUCGGGCUCCACCUAACCAAAGCCUUCGACAACGUCUCGCGCGAAGCCAUCCUCACUAAACUCUCCUUCAUCAACCCCGGCGAAUGCUUGUUCAACUGCGUAAGCUCGUUCCUCACCGAUCGGACUGCCGAUAUCACGCUAGACGUUCUCAAGUCGGGUUCAAUACCCCUAGGCAGUCGCGGCACACCACAAGGCUCGGUUCUCUUGCCAUUCCUCUUUAACCUCGCCCUUAUCACACUGCCGCCUAAAAUCACUGCCAUGCCAGGCCUGCUGCACUCCUUCUACACAGCCGACAUCACCUUGUGA